AUGUCCUACUAUCCACCACAGACCGGGGCAUCGUACCCGUACAGUUCUUAUCCUAGCUAUCCACAGACAGCCGCAUAUCCUACUACUCCAUACCAAUCACCAUACUCGACUACUGUGACUGGGUACGGUGCAACCUGGCCAUAUCCAUACAGUUACUAUCCCCCUCCUCCGCAACACCAGCAGGCACCGCAGGCUGCUGCAGGCGCUGUCAAGUCUGCUGUAGCCGGUGCCUCCGUAUCAACAACGCCCAUAGUAACGACGCCUGUUGCUCCUGUCCCUGCCAGGCCCACACCUGCUCCGACAACAUAUACAUUUACUCAAACAUAUGCGCCUGGGGCUGCUGGUGCCGCUGCACCUGGGAGGAGCGCCCGGAAGCAGCCGACAUUCAAAGGUUUAUUCACCAAGGAGUUGAGGAAUUUGAUGUAUGGCUUUGGCGACGAUCGCAACCCCGCGCAUGAUACUGUGAAUGUCAUGGAGGAAAUUCUAGUAGAGUACAUCGUAGAUGUGUGCCAGACUGCGCUUACGCCAGGCAAGGGAAAGACACGUCUGUCCAUAGAAGACAUCCGUCGAGUGUUGUCGAGACCUGCGGAUGCGAAAAAGCUUGCGAGAAUGGAGGAACUGCUCUUCAUGCAGGAAGAUAUCAAGCGAGCGCGCGCGCAAUUUGAGGAGUCCGACAUGGCACCAGGAAAUUCGUUCCCAUCGUGA